AUGGAGGAGCAAAUGAACAUUCUCCACGACUUGGGGAUCCAGUCAACCCGCUACCUCCAAGAGAAUUAUGCAGACUCCCAGGACUGGUUCAUCUUAGUGUCUGUGCUCGCCGACCUCAGGAAUGCCUUCUAUGUCCUCUUCCCCGUCUGGUUCCAUAUUCAAGAGACUGUGGGCAUCAACCUCCUCUGGGUGGCGGUGGUUGGGGACUGGAUCAACCUCGUCUUUAAGUGGAUUCUUUUUGGACAGCGCCCGUACUGGUGGGUCCUGGACACGGACUACUACAGCAACACCUCGGUGCCCCUGAUAAAGCAGUUCCCUGUCACCUGUGAGACUGGACCAGGGAGUCCUUCUGGCCAUGCCAUGGGCGCAGCAGGUGUCUAUUAUGUGAUGGUCACUUCUGCCCUGUCUAUACUUCGUGGAAAGAAAAAGCCAACAUAUGGAUUCCGGUGUUUGAAGGUCAUCUUGUGGUUGGGAUACUGGGCUGUGCAGCUGAAUGUCUGUCUGUCCCGGAUCUACCUUGCGGCUCACUUUCCCCACCAGGUUGUGGCUGGAGUCUUGUCAGGCAUUGCUGUGGCUAAAACUUUCAGCCACAUCCGGAGCAUCUACAAUGCCAGCCUCAAGAAGUACUGUUGGAUCACCUUCUUCCUCUUGGGUUUCGCGCUUGGAUUUUACGUGCUGCUAAAAGGGCUGGGGGUGGACCUCCUGUGGACUUUGGAGAAAGCCAAGAGAUGGUGUCAGCGGCCUGAAUGGGUCCACCUCGACACCACACCGUUUGCCAGCCUCUUCAAAAACCUGGGGACCCUCUUUGGGUUGGGGCUGGCCCUCAACUCCAGCAUGUACCGGGAGAGCUGCAAGGGAGAACUCGGCAAGUCGCUCCCAUUCCGCCUGGCCUGCAUCGCGUCUUCCUUGGUCCUCCUGCACCUCUUCGACACUUUGAAACCCCCGUCCCAGAAUGAGCUGAUCUUCUAUGCUCUGUCUUUCUGCAAGAGUGCGACAGUUCCCUUUGCUUCUGUGAGCCUUAUCCCCUACUGUCUAGCCCGGGUUCUGGGUCAGACUCACAAGAAGUCUUUGUAA